AUGUCUAAGCAAGGCGGCAAGGGCGGGGCGGCCAAGGGCCGGAAGCCACAGAAGCCCGGGGCCGACGAGAAGCGCGAGGACGUGCUGCAGGCCGUGGUCAUCGCCGACUCCUUCCAGGACCGCUUCAAGCCGUUUACCCUGAAUACACCGCGGUGCCUCCUCCCCCUCGUCAACGUCCCCGUGCUCGAGUACACGCUCGAGUUCCUCGCGUCCAACGGCGUGCAGGAGGUCUUCAUCUACUGCGGCGCCCACUCCGAGAGCAUCGAACAGUUCAUCCACGACUCGCCGCGUUGGAGCCCCAACAGCUCGGUCUCGCCCUUCCAGCUGCUCGAGUUCAUCCGCGUCAAUGACGCCAACAGCAUCGGCGACUUCCUGCGCGACCUCGACAAGCGCGGCUACAUCGCUGGCGACUUCAUCCUCGUCCACGGCGACCUGGUGUCGAAUAUCAAUCUGGAGGCGGCCCUGGCGAAGCACCGCGCUCGCAGGGAGGCCAACCGCGAUAAUUGCAUGACCAUGAUCUUGAGGAGCGUCGGCGACCAGCCGCACCGCGCUGCCAAUGCUAGGGGAAUUACGCCGGUGUUUGUGGUCGACCCGACUACCGGGCGAUGUCUGCAGUAUGAGGAGGCGCAUCCGCUGCAGAAGGAACACAAGAUCGACCUGGACCCGGUCGUAUUUACGCACGGCGAGUUCGAGGUCAGGUGUGAUUUGGUAGACUGCGGAAUUGAUAUCUGCACUCCGGAGGUGCUGGCGCUGUGGUCGGAGAGUUUCGACUACGAGUUGCCCAGGAAGAACUUCUUGCACGGCGUGCUGAAGGACUGGGAGCUGAACGGCAAGAUGAUCUACACCGAGAUUCUGGAAGACGGCUACGCGGCUCGAGCGAGCAAUCUCCAGAUGUACGACUGUAUCAGCCGGGACAUCCUCGAGCGCUGGACGCUCCCCUUCGUGCCGGACAGCAACCUGAAGCACGGGCAGUCCUACAGGAGGAUAAAAGACGGCUCAUACGUCGAGGACCACGUCGUGAUCGCGCGCGGCAGCAAGGUGACGCGGUCGGCGGUCGGCCGCGGCACCGAUAUCCAUGCCGGUUCGAGCAUCUCCAAGAGCGUCAUCGGCCGCGGCUGCAAGAUCGGCAAAAACGUGCGCAUCGAGAACAGCUACAUCUGGGACCACGUCGUGAUUCACGAUGGCGCUACGAUAGUGCACUCUGUCCUCGCCAGCAACGUCGUUAUUGGGGCUGGCGCCCGCGUGCCCGAAGGCUCGCUCAUCUCGUUUGGCGUGCGCCUCGAUCAGGGCGUCCAACUUCCCGAGCACCCUCCGGCUCGACUAUCCCUCCUCACCGCCGACGGCGAGCGCGCGAAGCCCGACACCAAACUCGUCGGCGAGAAGGGUGACGGCGCAACCUACGAAGUUCCCCUCUCCGAAGACGAGUCCUCCUCCGACGAAGAUGCCGACCGCGACCCGGCCAUCCUCCAAACCUCCCUCGUUUACAGUCUAGCCGACCUCAACAUCUCCACCUCCUCCAUCUCCACCCUCGCCUCCUCGGCCUUCUACGACUCCGAUGAAGAUACCUCUUUCACCGGCGGCUCCCUCCACGCCGACUCCGGCCCCGGGGCAGGCGCCCAAUCCCGCUCGCGCCUGUCCUCUUUUGCGUCGGAAGACGGCGCCGCCCGCUUCAGAUCCGAGUCCUCCUUCCACGGCGACGCCGUCACCGGCCUGAUCGACGCCCUCCGCGCCGACAACGCCGAACCCUUUGACUCCGCAAAACUCGAGUUCAUGGGUCUGCGCCUGGCAAAUAACGCGUCCGACGCGGCCAUGCGGAGGGCGAUUGCCGUUGCCUUCGUGCGGCGCGCGGCGGAAUUGUUGCGCCCCGAGCACGGCGGGCUGGAGCCCACCAAGGCUGCGGAAAGAGCCUUUACCGCCAAGAAGGGCGCCGUGAAGUUUGUGAAGGAGGUCGGUGUCGCCGGGGAGGGGGAGAAGGAACAGGUGGAAUUUGCGCUGGCGCUGCAGAGGGCGCUGGUUGCGGAGACGAAGGAGGGGGGAAUAGUGGAUGCGAAUAGGGCGGGGACGUUGCUGGCGGCGAUGUUGCAGCAGUUGUAUAGUCUGGAUGUAGUGGAGGAGGAGGGGAUUUUGGCGUGGUGGGGGGAUAAGAGGGCUAGCGAGGGGGAGGAGAUGGUUAGGGUCAAGGAGAAGUGUCGGGUCUUGGUGGAGUGGUUAGAACAGGCGAGUGAGGAAAGUGAGGAGGAGGAGGGGGGGGAUACGGAGGAGAGUGAAGAGGAAGAGGAGGAUGAUGAUUAG